AUGGUGUACCUGCGGACAGUAAUCGAAUCCCUUAGGCUAGCAUCGCUGGCUAUCGUCCAGGCGUUUUGGAUAUUUUGUGAAAACUCAUCACUCCAUGGACUGCGCUACAUCGGGCGAUCGGGUGCAUCUCGGGCCAACUAUUUGCUGCGGCUCGUUUGGGGUUUGUUCUCGCUGGUUGGCCUUGGCUUUACGCUCAUGCUAACCCUCUCCGCUUGGGAGCAGUUCCGUUCGAACCCAACGCUGACCACCAUCGAAACGACCACAUUUCCCGUCUCGAUGAUUCCCUUCCCGUCCGUCACGUUGUGCAACAUUAACAAGAUACAUUCCGGGAAGGCAAAGGAACUAAGCAACAGGUUGAUCGAGCUUGGCCUGAGUGACAAUGACACGCAGGACCUUCUCUACGCUUUGCCUCGGCUGAACGAUUACCGGCCGGUGGCGGAACGGAUGCUCCGGAUAGAGAACUUCCUUCGGGCGAAAGGAUACGAUACGGAGCGGCUUGCGUUCGAGGUCGCCCCGACCUGUGAAUCGAUGCUGGUGCACUGCUUCUGGUUGAUGCAACCGGUGCCAUGUUCGAAGCUGUUUCGUCGCACGAAGAUGUACGCUGGCUACUGUUGCUCCUUCAAUGUGGACUCUUUUCUAGAGCCAGCUAGUACGCGAUCGAAGGAGAGAAGCCCUAGCAAGAACAUCUACGUCACCGGUAUCGGAAAAGGAGAAGGUUUGUCCGUGCUACUGGACAUUGGUGAAGCGUACUAUACCGCCUCGAACCGCUUCACCUACGGGAUUGAAGUGUUUGUACACCAAUCGUUUGAUUUCCCCGAUGCAUCCGACUAUACUGCCAUCGUUCAGCGUGGCAUGGAGACGGACGUUUCUGCGCUCCCCGUGAUAGUGUCCGCUAGUCCUGCCCUUCGAGAUGUGCCACUAAACAUUCGCGGCUGUGCGUUUAGUGACGAAGGAAAUAUGACCGAAGCGCUGCCCUACACUUUCAGCAACUGCAUGAUCGAGUGCGAGCAACGGUAUAUUGCCAAGAUCUGCAAAUGCAUACCACUCUUCAAGCAAGUCGUAGAGCUGCAAGCGAUACUGCAGGUGCCUAUCUGUGGAUUCCACGAUCUGCCAUGUCUGACGGACGUUAAGGAACAUACCCUGUUUACUUCGGAAGCCGUUAACGUUACUACUCAGGCAAAUUACAUAUGGACCAACGUAAAGUGUCGCUGCUACCCUGCCUGCACAGUCGAGAAAAACGACCUGCUCUCGAUCACAAACACCAUUGCCAAUCCCAGAAAGGACCAAUUCAUUCCGGAAUUGAAUUUUUCCGCCUACGGAUCACUGCACGUACACUUUCGAUCGACCAACUGCCUAAAGUACCGGCGCGAACCGUUCCUCACGUGGAAAACGUUGGUGGCCACAUUCGGAGGCAUCUUUGGCCUGUGCAUGGGUGGAUCCAUCCUGAGUCUGGUCGAAAUGCUGUACCACUUCGGCAUCACACCCUUCGUGGUGUACAGCGAGCUAAGAAAGAAGAUUUUGACCACUGCAGUCGCAGCAGCAACACCGAACGACGCUGUUGCAUCUUUGGAUUACCCCCGGCGACCACCGAUCGGUUACUUCCGGCGCAGCAAAGUGAUGGCCCGCGAAAUGGGCGCGUCCGUGCGUGCCGGAUGGUUGGAAUCCACGGACCAAAAACGCACCCUCAGCCAACGCUGGAAGCAGCGUUACAUCGAUGAGUUCAACAUGAUGGCAUAG